AUCGCUCCCCCCUGUUGCCAGGGCACCGCCAUCAUGGCCGCCUCCUUGCUCGGCUCCCUCGGUGUCCUUCGAGCGGCCCUUACGCCCCGCAGUCUCCCUCUCGCGGCUGCCCAGCUCGGCCGCUGUCGGUAUGUGGGCUCCAGCCGCCGGCUUCUGGGUGUCGCUCCACUCAAAGUGUUGAUGCCUGCACUAUCACCAACAAUGGAAAAAGGGAAUCUUGUAAAAUGGCUGAAAAAGGAAGGUGAAACUGUUAAUGUUGGUGAUGCACUGUGUGAAAUAGAAACAGACAAAGCUGUGGUUACCUUGGACUCCAGUGACGAUGGUGUACUGGCAAAAAUCAUGGUCGAAGAAGGAACCAAAGAUGUCAUUUUGGGAUCUUUAAUUGCUUUACUCGUGGCAGAAGGUGAGGACUGGAAACAGGUCGAAAUUCCUGUUGAAACAACAAGUGUUCCAUCACCCGUUCAGAGUGCUUCUGCAGCAAUGGAACCAGCAGCACCUCAGGCAUACAGCUCCAGCGUAGUACAACCUGUACCUGGCAGAAGAGAAACCCGUUUGAGCCCAGCUGCCCGCCAGAUCCUGGAAACACACGGGCUUGACCCGAGCAGCACAGCCCCGACUGGACCACGAGGAAUUUUCACAAAAGAGGACGCCCUGAAUAUGUUGAAGCUAAAAGGUACCAUGACACCGUCCAGGACAGCGGCCAGUGCCCCUUUGCAACCUCCUGUGAAGGGCAGUGAAGCAGCAACAAGCCCCCCUGGAUAUGCCCGGCCCUCCACACCACCAAUCUCUAUUCCAGGACAGCCAUUAGCUCCGGGCACAUUUACAGAAAUCCCAGCGAGUAACAUUCGGCAAGUGAUUGCACGGAGACUAACAGAGUCCAAGACAACAAUCCCUCAUUCGUAUGCUAGCAUUGACUGUAACAUUGACCAAGUCUUAAAGCUGAGGAAACAGCUAGCCAAAGAUGAUAUCAAGAUCUCAGUGAAUGAUUUCAUUAUCAAGGCAGCUGCAGUCACACUGAAACAAAUGCCAGAUGUGAAUUCCACCUGGAGCAAUGAGGGCCCUCAUCAGCUCAGCUCCAUCGACAUCUCCGUGGCAGUCGCCACAGAUCGUGGUCUGGUUACACCAAUCGUGCGAGACGCUGCUACCAAGGGAAUAGGGGAAAUUUCCACAGUUGUCAAGACACUUGCAAAGAAAGCAAAAGCAGGAAAACUGCGACCGGAGGAAUAUCAGGGAGGAUCGUUCAGCAUCUCCAAUUUGGGAAUGUUCGGAAUCAGCGGUUUCAGUGCCAUCAUUAAUCCACCACAAGCUUGCAUCCUAGCCAUCGGGCAGUCCCGCCAUGACCUGACAAUUUGCGAAGAUGACAAAGGCAACCGCACCCUCUGCCGGAAGGACAUGAUGACCGUCACCCUGUCCAGCGAUGGCCGGCUGGUGGACGAUGAGCUUGCAUCUCAGUUUUUGGAGAGCUUCAAGCUUAACCUGGAAAAUCCAAAGUUAUUAGCUGUGUUCUAGGCUGCACCUCACCAUGCAAGGGAUUAGAGAUGUUACAUGGAAGACAUUGUACUUAUAAAGCAGAAUUUAUUUUAUUUUUAGUCUUGUGACAAUGCAGGUGAAUGCCUAUCCUGCCUUUACUGCAUCCUGUGUGUAAGGCCAAAUAAAAUAACUGUUUGUUAUUUGUUUCA